AACAUAUCCUCCUACAGCUUCACCGUCACAUGGUCAGCACCACAAGGGAUGUUCAAGAACUUCACCGUGAUCAGAACAGAGCCCCGAACAGAGGGCGACGAAGAGAACCACGAGGAAAUGGAAGAAGUAGCUCUCGAAGGAGACGCAGCCUCAACAGCUAAGAACACAACUGAAGUCCAAGUACAGAGUGAGAGCACCAACACAACUGCUGCCUCUGGUAAAGCAGCUGCAGCUAGUGGCAAAACUGAAACAAAGAGGAUCUCUAUGGUGGUCCCUGGCAGCGUGCGCUCUGUAGAGUUCAGUAACCUUCGGGCAAAUACAGCAUAUGUUCUUCAAGUAUAUGGCUCUGCAGCUGAGAGGAAAUCAAAGACUCAUAAAGCAACUGUAAUUACAGGGCCUGAGCCAGCCACAGAGAUGGUUUUCAGCGAUGUAACAGAUUCUUCCCUCAAUGUUUCCUGGUCCAAACCAAAGACCACAUUCUCAGGCGUCAGGGUGACGUACACCAACAUCAUCACAGGGGAGAGCCGCUUUGUGACCGUGGAGUCUCAUCAAUCUUACGUGGUUCUGUCAAAGCUGUCUGCCGGAACCUCUUACAUUAUCAUUGUAACGACUACACAAGGCAGAACAAGUAGUGACAUCCUAACAUCCCUUAUGACCACAGUGCCCGCUCCUCCAACACAUCUGCAAGUUGUCAAUGUGACAGAUACCAAAGCUGUGCUGCAAUGGACACCAAGUCAGGGGAAAGUAGACCGCUUCAUCAUCAGCUACGAGUCCUCUAAAACUCCUAAUGUGACAGUGACAGUGAUGCUGUCUGGAAGCUCAGUGGAGCACCAGCUGAGAGGCCUGCAGAGAGGCACGGUGUACACAGUCAAAGUGCUGAGUCAGAAGGACAGUCUGCAGAGCAUGGCCAUCUCUACUACUUUCACCACACCUAAUCUGGUUAAAGCCAGUGAAGUGGGAACUCGCUCUGCGGUGAUAGCAUGGAGAACAUCCACUGUGGUUUAUUACAGCUACAGACUGAUCUACCAGGUGGCAGGAGAGGAGACAAAGGAGGUGAUCCUGGAUCAAUCCAGCACAGAGUAUAAACUGACAGGGCUGUUGCCAAUGUCACGCUACAUUGUUGUGGUACAAGGCGAGAGAGAAGGACAAUACACAUCUGUUGUCACUACAGAAUUCAUCACAGGCAAACUGCGUUUCCCCUUCCCUACCGAGUGCUCUCAGGAGCUGCUCAAUGGAGCUCUGCAGUCAGGAGAGGUGGAUAUCUACCCAGAUGGAAAAGAGGGAGGAGCAGUCAGAGUCUACUGUGACAUGGAGACUGAUGGCGGCGGCUGGACGGUUUUCCAGAGGAGGAUGAAUGGAAAAACUGAUUUCUACAGAACAUGGAAUGAAUACAGCGCUGGUUUUGGAAACCUCAGCGAAGACUUCUGGCUCGGAAAUGAGCUCCUUCACAACCUGACCACUGUUGGCCCUGUGAGUCUGAGAGUGGAUUUGCAAUCUGGAAAUGACACCGCUUACGCUCACUACGCCAACUUCACCAUUGAUUCAGCCGAGAGGCACUACACUCUUGCAGUGUCUGGCUACACUGGAACUGCAGGUGACUCCAUGAGGUACCAUAAUGGACGUCCAUUCUCAACCCGCGACAAGGACACUGAUCCUCUGGGGAUCCACUGUGCCAGGGCCUACAUGGGAGGCUGGUGGUACAAGAACUGCUACAAGACCAACCUCAACGGUCUUCAUGGCAUCAAUAGUAAUAAUCAGGGAGUGGUCUGGAUAGACUGGAAAGGUAAAGACUCUUCCAUUGCCUUCACUGAGAUGAAGUUCAGACCGGCCAGGUUCUCUCCUGCCACCCAUGGCUAAGGACAGUCUCAAUACAUCUGACAGAGAAUAAAAGGUUCAGAAAUCCAGAAGACAGUGGAUCUCACAGUUGCUGCAUGUCACUUUCCAACUGAAAUUGCAUGUACAGUGGUUUCGAUAGCUUUAACGACAGCUAUCAGUACAUUUGAUUCAAUGUCCAAACCUUUUUUUCUGAUCUGUUAUUUUCUGGAAAUACACCAAAAGAGAGGGAAAAUGUUUUAUUUGAAAUGUUGUAUCUUCUGUUCUGCCUGACCGGUCCAUCGCAACACAGUGUAUUGAGUAAUACCUUCUUCAGCACCAACACGGUAUGCCACCCCACUACUACUGUUAUUGAAUAUGCAC